CAAGCGAGUCCUCCAGCAAACGAACUACAUAUCCCAGAUUUCCCUACACCUAAACGUCAUUCAGUGUGCGAUAAACCGGAAGAUAUGGUUUGUUUUAAAUUUCGCUUUCAAAUAACAUACAACACAAGACGUACAACAUACAGUGGGAAAAAGAACAAAAGAAAAGAAAAAAAAAAUCGAACAAUAUUGUAAUACAAAUUACCACAAGCUAUCCAGUAUUUAUUUACUACUACAAGAUAUGUUUUUAAACCUUUCUUGUUUUUAGUGUUUGCGGCAAGUGACUUAUGCAGGUGAAAUUUCAUAGGAUCAUCUAUUACAAUUAACUUAUGGAAUGUAUCAAAAAUCAGCAUAGAAACCUGCUUCCAAAAGUCUUGCGAAAAACUACAACUGCAGAAAAAAAAUGUGUAACUUAAGUGUUUCAGGUUCAAGUUUACAAAAUGAAAAUGAUGGACAGCUCCAGAUGAAGAGGCAGUCUGACCCUGAGGCGCUCUCAGCCACUAUGGCAAACACUUUAAAAGUGUCAGAGACCAGAGAAAGCACUGCGGAUCAGGAAGAAGACCGUUUCUAUGACUGUGAUGACACAUUACCUGAGGAAGAUACAUCACCGGCCGGACAAACUAAUAUACAGUGCACUGAGACGGCACAGAGCGAUAGACUGGAGUCAAAUGCUGGAAUAGAAAAAGGCAAUGACUCAGAUAGACUGGGAAAUACAUAUAGCACUAACCAAUCAUGUUUGAAUACCACCUCUGCUGAAAAGACACUUGACUCAUUAGAUUCAGGGCUUAAGGAGCAAAAUAACGAAGAUCGGGAAAAAUGGGAGAGAUUUGCAGACGACGAUGGGAUGAGAGACGGUGACUCGGAUUCAGAAUUUAAAGAAGCGGCGAGUACAGACAAAGUGACCGAGUUUGAUGAAGAGUACCUGCGGGAACUGGAGAAAGACCUGACGGAUGAAGAAAAGGAGAGCAGAAGAAAGGAGAGUUUAGAGCUCAAGGAAAAGGAAAACACAAAAGUGGAGAACAUGUAGAAGGAGGAGUCCUAUACAGCCGCUCUACGAGUGUGUCCUGUACAUUACAGCAAAGAGUUUGCUCCAUAGUCUUCUCAAAUCGAGCUGCUGCACGCUUGCAUCAGAGGUUGCCACGGCAAAUCGAAGAGCGCAAUGAGAAGCUGAAAGAAGAAAUUAUGAGACCAUGCCAGCUGAAGAUAAUGAGGAAAUUACGUCGCUCCCUUUGCCAAGUGCAUUCCAAAAGUCUACAUAAUGGCAUGCACAUGCGCUGCUCUCUCCAAAGUCUAAUCUCCACCUCAAAAGGAGUAGGGCAUAGGAAUAUUCACUUCCAUGUGGAAUUUGCCUCGUGACGAUUCGGUACAAAUACACGUACUGUUACACCCCUAGUAAAUUAUGAAAAAAAUGUGAGUGAACUAAACCUUUAACUUAGUUGUUCUCCACAAGGGGGCCCCAACUGUCUUCCAAGGGGGCCUCGGGAUGACUCAUAAUUUAAAAUGAGCAUUGAAAUACAUUAUAAAACAACUAAAAACCAAGGUAUUUCUUAUUAUUUGUCAUUUUUUUAUAUUGAAUAAA